ACUCUCAGCUAGGAAUUCCGUUUACCAUGGAACCUUGUUGCUAUGCCUACACCGACAACCACUCCCGACCCCUGGAAAACAGUAGCAUUACCCAAGAUCAUCGUAACAUUCUCAAUACCGCAACGAUCUGAGACUAUUAUGCCUUGGAGCCCGCAAUUGCUACCCUAUCAGGGGUCCCCCUCGCCAGCAAGAAGCACACUAUACACCUCGCGGGCUUGCUCCCCACUAAGAAGCCCGCAGUUGCUGCCAUAUUGGCGGUCUCCCUCGCCAGUACGAAGCACAUACACCUCGCGGGCAUACUCUCCUCCGAGGACAAACACGUACACUUCCCGUGCGUACAGGCCCCCACGCACUAGCAGCUACUCCCGGGCCUACUCCCCGCACCGAACGAGCAGCUACUCGUGCGCCUACUCUCCCCCUCGAACAAGCUCUUCCCGGGCACACUCUCCACCCAGAACGGGUAGCUACUACUCCCGGGCAUACUCUCCACCCAGGACGAGCACAUACACCUCGCGGGCGUCCUCUCCCCCUCGAAGAAGCAGCUACUCGCGGGCUUACUCCCCGCCUCAAACAUCUACUUACUCCCCCCUCCGCACUUCACGAGCCUAUUCUCCAAUCCGCACCACCAGGGCCUACUCACCACCCCGACGAACCCGCUCCCGCUCCAGCUUCCGCUCACGUUUGUCCUCCGUCGGCAGAUCCUUCUCUUCGGCCCUCGAAUCCGUCCCCCGGGACACCCUCCACGACUUUGGCGACGCAGUGGGCAGCUACAUGGCCGACCGGCUCGGGUGGAGCGAGCUGGACGGGCGGUCGACGGAUCAGAGGGCGGGCCGGGACCAAUGGAGCGAGAGGGAGGGGUAUUUUGGGUAUUCUAGUAUGGCUUGACUUUUGAUAUCAUUGAUCGUUGGUGGGGUUGCUGAUAAAUAGGGGAGGGUAAGGACCGGCAUUGCAUUCGGAUUUUGUUUUCCCUGGUUGGUUGGCAGAUGUUGCUGGGUGAGUUGUGGCGGGGUGGUCGGGUAGGACAGUCGCUUGGACACCAAGCACUGCGUUAACUUCCGGUCUACUGGUCACAGUGGAACCAUGAGC